AUGGCGGGAGCAGACCCCCUUUUAAACGGGGAACCGGAGCGAUUUCCCAUCGAGGUGGCCUCUACCUUUUAUACGGGGCUUAAUGAGCCCAAACCGACGAGUAUGAACUUCUCGAUGGACGGUCUUUCCUUUAUUUCUUCCCACAACGACGACGCCCUGCGGUUGAUCGACGUGGCGUCGAUGCACCACACCGAGACGAUUCAGUGCGAGGUGUUCGGCAUCCACGCCGUGCGGUACACCCAGUCCGCCCACGUCCUCUGCGUGUCCCCGCGGCUUCCCCUGGACGGCCAUUUGCACCUUUUAAACCUCGAAACCGCGCAGUUCGUGGGGGAGAUGGCCUACUUAAACGACUUAGACGGGGAGAUUCAUCCUUACCCUAACAUGCCGGUCUAUUCGACGCUCUCGCAAUGCCCCGCCAGCGACGUCCUCGGGGCGGUGGUGUCGGCCAAAGGCCGGCUCGCCCUUUUUCACCCGCUGGUCUCCGGCGCCAUCGCGGCCUCAGCGGACAAGACGGUGAAUGGCAAUAAAGUCGCCCUCUCCUUCAACCACGACGGCCAUCAUAUUCUGCUGGGGGAUGAUCGCCGGAUUACGCUGCUGGAUCGCCGCUUUCUUUUCGCGUCGCCGGUGCUUUGCCUAGAGAAUAAGAAGCUCUUCUCCUCCCGACCGGAGCUCGCGCGGUGUAAAGGGGCGGAGUACGGCAUCGAUCAAUCCCAUCUUCUCCUGACGUCCUCCCUGGGUGAGGUGGUGGUGUAUGAUUGGAAGUCGGGGAGGGUGGUUUGUAAUUAUUACCACGACGACGCCAAGCGCCAUUUCGUGGGCUCCGAGGACGCGAUCGGGGCGAAGUAUGUUCACCCCAAUCUUCGAGACUCCAUGAUCGCCCAGCCCACCUCGUCGAUGGUGGGCGGCCGGCAUCUACUUGUGUAUGGCGGGUAUAAAAAUAGUGCAGACGAUGAAAUCCCAAAAGAGGAGGGGGGCGUCAAAGCAGAUAAACAGGUGGAGGUGCAAGCCGGGCCAUUGCAUUAUGAAUUGCAAUCCAAAGACAGCGAUGUGCCCAUCGCGCUAGAAGUCAAUCCACGCUAUAAUCUUGUCGCGACGGCGGCGCGAAGCGUGACGUGGUGGGCGUUUAACGAAUAA